AAAGUGGAAAACAUUGAAAAGAACAACGCCGGGACAAGCGAACGCGCAUUUCUAACGUUCUCCUACAAUUAGUAGCCAGCUAAUUGUCCAACAGUGUCAAUUAACUCGACUGGAAGUGAAAUUUUACAGAGCAUUUCAAUUUAUGUGCAAGAGUACACACACAUAUAUAGAUUGAUAAAUAAAAUUUAAACAGUUCAUCAAUUAAUUAAUUUUACAUUUGUUUCGUAAAAAAGUGUGUCUUUCCCAUAAAAAUAAGUAAAAAGUGCUUUGGUGCUAAUAUUUCUUGUUGUUGAACUACAAUUGUGAAAUAUGGAAUAUGAAUUAUUGCAAAACUAUCCAUUGAUGAUGGAUAUGCUUUGUGAACCACAGAGCAUAAGUCCUGCGCACUCGGAUGCCUCUAACGGUAGCGAAUCGGGAAAACCAAGAAAAGAAGUGAAUGCGAGAGAGCGUAGUCGUACACAAAGGUUUGUUAAUUCCGCCUUUACAACACUGCGCAGCUUGAUACCAACCGAACCGUGUGAUCGUAAAUUAUCAAAGAUCGAAAUACUACGUUUAGCAAAGAGCUACAUAGCACAUCUAGACGCGGUCAUAGUGACGGGCAAUAACGACAGGCCGUGCGCGAAUUAUUCCAGCCAACAUCGAUGUGAAAAUGUGAUAUCAGCCGACAAGCCUAGAUCAACUAUCUGCACAUUCUGCGCCACGUUAAGCGCAAAUAAAAGUUAGUCGUUGAAAUGGAGCACUUUUAAAGAGCACAGAACAGAGACAUUAUAUACUUUAUUAUUAUAUACUUAUGUGGUAUAUAGACAAGUGCUAUUUAGAGCUGAUUAUUCCGAGAUUAUGUUACCAUUCCAUUUAUUUAUAUAUUUUUAUUAUAAUGUGUAACUUCGUGAUUCCGUCAAAGAAACGAACAAAACACAAAGAGAAUAACAUAUAUUUUGACAGCAAAUAUUCCUGUUAAGCAUUUUCCCAGGCACAGGUUAAAUAAAAACAAAAUAAACAAUAUUUAAUUGUAAUAA